GGUAGAAAAAGCGACCCCGAGAGAAUCCUCAACCCUCAACAAUUCAAAUCCGUCUCUAACUUCAUUCUUCGUCUUACGACUUUUAGAGCUUAACACACUUAACACCCAACGGUGAUCUCGGGCAUAUUCGAAACGAGUGUCCGAAGUUCUGGAAGCUCCAAUGAUAGAGUCUACCAAUCUACCAACCUAGCAGUAUCGACUCAAUCUAGAAUAUACAUACCAAAAGUACACAAAGAAUAAGAAAAAAAAGUACCUAUCAACGGAUCUAACUGGACCGACUUACAGCAUCUUCCCCCCUGUUCGCGAGUUCUUGGUAUUUGAAAUACCCAUUUUCCCCAUCCAUCCUCCGGCUCAUCCUCCUGCCUAUUCAGAAGGAUUUGCAUGGGGGGUUAUUAUGUCAAAAGAGAGAGAAGGAGGUUUUGGGACUACUUAAUACACCUACACUCUUCUUCCUUUAAUACCCCGUGAUGCGAUUGAGUGGUACCGGGCUUCAUCUAAUCGUUAAUGCUCCGUCGUCAUUCCAGCUGCUUAAGUCUGUUUCAGCCGCGCAUUGUUUAACUCGUGGUUUUAUUGCAUCUAUUGCUUCUCCAUAUACUACAUAUAUUACCCCUCGUCCUGGCCAGCGUUAUUAUCAGCGUUCUUGUUCCUCAAUUUGCUCAAACAAAUCUCCCCUCUUCGGCAAUUUCACAAACCAAGUCAGGAUGGCUUCCACUCUGACGCUUCCGAAGUUGCCCAUCUUCGAAGCUAUCGCAAGCCAUAACCCACAAUCAACAGCUAUCGUUCACUGUCUAUCUCGUCGGACAUUCAAGUACGGCGAACUUCUUCCAGAUGUAUCUCGCGUGCGUGACAGGAUACUAGAGGCUGCGGGCAAGUCGGACAUCCGGGGCGAGCGGGUGGCUUUUCUAAUAGAAAACAGUUAUGAUUAUGUUGUCACAUAUCUCGCUGUUCUAGCGUCGCACGCGAUCGCCCUACCACUAUCGCCUCCAUUCCCAGCUCCUGAGCUACAAUACAUCCUAUCACAAUCUGGAGCUAUACUAUUACUGCAUUCGUCAAAGUAUGCCUCGAAAGUCGACGAAGUUCUCAACACACCGAGCAAGGAACUCGAUGUCACGCCAUCACCAAUUCCUAUCGAAUUGCCGAAGCACUUCGGUGCAAUUUCAGAAACAUUCGAGCCGGUUGAACUCGUUGAGGAUGAUGCGGAGGGUGCUGGUAUGAUGCUUUACACAUCGGGCACGACCAACCGACCGAAAGGUGUGUUGUUGCCAGAAAGUGCGCUUACAGCCCAGGCCCGUGCCCUGAUUGAGGCCUGGAAAUAUGCGCCCUCGGAUCGUCUGUUACACGUGCUACCCCUCCACCAUAUCCAUGGCACGGUGAACGCAGUACUCACACCCCUCUUUGCCGGCAGCAGUAUUGAAUUCCUUUUCCCUUUCAAUGCUGACACGGUAUGGCGACGAUUUGCAUCUCCGUUCCUAGACUCGCCUCAAGUUGCUGCUGCAGUCAAGGCCAAUGAAGUUUCUCAUCCGGUGAAGACAAACGGUAUCACAAAUGGCGUCAAACCCAAUGGUAUUGCUAAGCCUAUUACAAACGGCAUUGCCCACCCGGUUGUGAAGACAAAUGGUUUCCAUCCUCCCAUCGCGGAGCCGAACGGUAUCGUCACUCCGAUCACAGAGACGAAUGGUACUAUCACUCCGGCUCUAGAACUCGGAGGAUUCGGCAAUCCUGCUUCGUCAGAAAUCAGCCGCCUAGCAGCGGUGAUUAGCCACCUCGCUGCCGAAGUAAACAACCUGGCCGCUAAGAUCAGCCAGCCCAGUCAGCCGUUCGCUCUAACGAACGGCUUUAACCACGCCAUUUCUCAGCAGACCAACGGCGCCAUCCCAUCGCCGGCUCUAUCGGCUAAAGGAUUUGAUACCCCGAUCGCAUCGACCAAUGGCAUCACCACACCGGUCGCGGAGCCUACUGUUCCCGUUAAGCAACCAGAGCCUCCCAAGGUCACAGCCCCCGCUACCGAGGACAAGUACAAGAACAUGUCGAGGGUCAAGAUCACAUUCUUCACCGUCGUACCCACAGUCUACACACGCCUGCUUUCCACACAUAAGACGCUGUCGCCUACCGCUGCAGAGGCUGGCCGCAUUGCUAUCAGCCCCGAACACAUGCGUGUCUCAAUCUCGGGAUCCGCUGCGCUUCCCACACCCGUCAAGCGCGCGUGGCGUGAGUUGAGCCGCGGCAAUGUUCUGCUCGAGCGCUACGGCAUGACAGAAGUCGGCAUGGCCCUAUCCUGCGGUCUCGACUUCGGCGACCGUGUCGAUGGCAGUGUCGGAUGGCCACUACCCGGUGUUGAAGCACGACUCGUGGACAGCGAGACAGGCAUCCUUGUCGAGGAUGACUUCUCCCUGGAUCCGGAAGCUAGUGGUGAAGUAAAGGAACGCUCCGGCGAAAUUCAACUCCGCGGCAAGAACGUAUUCAGGGAAUACUGGGCCAACCCUACAGCCACAGCUAAGGAAUUUGUACCCGCAGAAGACGGAAAGGGACCAUGGUUCAAAACCGGCGACGUUGCGGUCCGCAGGCCAGUACUCACGGCCGGAAAUGCGGUCAGCGGCGAGUGGGCCCAGGGACCCAUGUACUUCAUCCUCGGCCGCCAAAGCGCAGAUAUCAUCAAAUCAGGUGGAGAAAAGGUAUCCGCACUCGAAGUUGAGCGCGAACUCCUCUCCCUCCCCGAAAUCUCCGAGGCCGCUGUCGUCGCCGUCCCAUCAGGGAAAUGGGGACAAAAGGUCGGCGCUGUUCUCAUCCAUUCUCCCGAGUACUUAAGAGAUCAUGCCUCCUGGAGACCUCUGGAUAUGCGGCGCGCGCUUAAGGGAAGACUAGCGAAUUAUAAGAUCCCCCAGGUACUCAGGAUAGUCGAACAUAUCCCGAGGAACGCGAUGGGGAAGAUUAACAAGAAGGAUUUGCUCAGGAAGGUGUUCUUGGAUGAUUUUAGUGGGGACGAGAUGUAGACCUCCCUAUUUGAGUGAGCUGGGCGGGGUAAGGGGAAGAGGGGGGGUAUUACUACCCCCGAUACCUACCUACCUAUGUUGUAGGUAAACAUCAUGUUGGAUAUAGGAGGUGCGGAGGUAUUUGAUAUCAUGAUUCGGGUAUGAUGGAGAUGCUAAGUUAUCAUCCGAAGGAACGGGAUGAAUAGGAUCCUUUCAGAUCCAACAAUGAGAACAGGAGGACGAACAAACCGAGCAAAGCUCGCCAUACUAAGAUGGGAUAAGAUGAGACGAAACGAAACGAAAUGAAGCAAGGUGCUGUCGUAUAACACAGCCGGGUCAACAUGGUUGAGAGCUUAACGGGAUUUACAUAUCUACGCGGAGGACUUAUAUCUGUCUAUAUUUGUUCUAUAUUCCGUCUUCGAUGGGCCUUCAUCGUCUGUAUAUAGGGAAAUUCCUUUUCCUUCCUUGACACCCCCUCUUCUCUUUUUUUUCUUCUACUUCCUCGGCGGCCUAGUUAUCCUUUACAACUGUAGAGUUAGAAUGAACGAGGCUCGCUCGCCACCAUAGGGUUAGUACCUAACUUAGUUACGUACCUAUUUCCAAUUCGAAUGUUAGUUACAAGAAAA